AUGAUCGCGCUACUUUUUGAAUCGUCUUUGCCGGAUGCAAUGUGCAAUGGCAUGUUGAUUGAUCAGAGCGUAGAACCAGAAGCUAAUGUUCUCAACCUUAGUAAUGAUUUGUGUUUACUGGCUAGCAGGAUGAAACAGUAUCUUGAAAGUAUUUCGAACAUAAAAAAAUUUGAUUUAACUGAUUUAAAGCAUGGUUUAACUUUUCAGUUAUGUUUGGUUCAAAGAGUCCAUGCAAUUGGUAAAACAAUUCAUGACGCUAAAUGUAGGCUAACAGGACGUGAGUGUGGUCCUAAUAUGCCAAUUUCUUAUCAAAAAUCCUAUAAGAAGCAGGAACAUGGCGAAAUUGUUGACUUCAAAUGCAGACUGCCUGGACAUAAAUGUGGUCCUGACAUGAAAUAUGUUACUAUACAAUUUUAUAGAAAUAAACUGCGUCAGUUUCUAGAACCAGUUCGGGGGAAAAUUUGUAUUGUUCGAUGUGCGUAUAUCAACUCAAAUAGGACUAGCAGUUUAGCGCAGACAAUGGUUGAGCCUAGAGUAGAUAUUCCCUAUGUAUCCUCCAGUAUUAUCAGAUAUUUCCGGAUGAAUUUACCUGUAUUGACUACUAAGAUUCAAAAAGAAUUCCGUACUGUUGAUGAGAAAAUUGAAGAUUAUAAUUGCGAAUUAUCAGGUAAAAGCUGCGGCAAAAACAUGAAAUUUGUCACUAUAAGUCGCAAAACCAUUGGGAAUUUUGCUUCAAUAUUUACCGGUAGUUAUCAGCAAAGAAAUUGCAUUCAACAAUGUGUAUGCGUAAGCACCCAAUAUAGUAAAAAAGAUGGCAAAUGUAUUUAA